AUGGAAAGUAUGAGAUGAUAGUGAUAUGAUUUUUUGUACUCCUUGUCUAACUUCUUGACUAACAGUGUUUUAUGUAAUAGCUAGAUCAAACAUGCUUACAUGUCUAAUGGUAAAUGGAAACUAAUAUUUACUCAGUUAUUUAGCUUAAUGCCAUUUGCAUCAUGUUUUUUGUUGGCUAUAGUUGGUGGUUUACAUUGUUAGCACUAUUAGCUUUUUUUUUACUGAACUUUUCCUUACAUUUUUGAAAUGGCUUAAAAUCAUCGGUGGAACCAGACAGAGCUGUUUCUGCCUUAGUUAAUGUUCAAAUGUUCUGGAAAGUGUUGUGUUUGCUUUGUUUCUCUAACCGAACAUGAAGGAUUCUAAUCUAUAGUCGAGUUUCUCUAGACAGAAGCCAAAACAGUUCUCCUUCUGAAAGAUCAGUGUGUCUGGACUACAUAAGUUUACUAAUGUAAAAAGAACAAACAAUGUGUUUCAUUUGUAGCAGAGAUAUUUAGGUUGUUUGUAUGAAAAAAAAUAUUAAUUUUGUUAAAAUAUACGUUUCUAAUAAAUUAAAAAAAAAUAAUUUUGCAAAAAAAACAAAAGUGUUAGGUUGUUAAAAAGUCUAUUCUUGCUAGGCAGAGGAAAAAAAAUCACCUAAAAUUUUUCUCCUUCUCUCUUUCUUGCAGUAGUAGGUCUGUCAAGAUUUUGAGUUAGUAUGUUGACAAAAAACUACCUAAUGUCUCAAAAUAUUGACGGACUAUGCCAAAAUAAUGACUUGCUGGGUCAAAAUAGUGACUUUGUAUCUUGUGAUAAAGACAUAUAUAAAAAAAAACUCACAAAUUGUUUUGACACAGUAUCUUAAAUUCCUUAGAAAAUAAGUCAUUAUUUAAAGAUCUGAUCUAAAGUCAUUAUUAAUCGUUAUUUUGAAAUAUUAGGUAUUUUGUUUCAGGAUGAUAAGUUAAUCUUUUGAGAAAAUAAUCAUUAUUCCAAAAUAAAAGUCAGUAUUUCAAGAACAUAAAUACUUAUUUCAAAAUACUAAUAUUUUAACAUACUGCUGCCAGAAACAGAAAAGGGAAAAAACACUGACAUUCUUAAGAUGGGUUUUUUUUAUCAUCAUCAUCAAAAAUUCAAAGUAAGGAAGGCAGAGGUGACUUACUGUCUGGCCCAGACGUUUACUUACUUACUUACAAUUAAUAUGUUCUGGUCAUUUCCAUGAGAGGCUGCGUUACAGAGUCUCUGAGUGGGCCAGGAGAAUAUACACACUCAGGCUGUGUGAAUAAGUGUGGAGUGUGUAAAGCUGGAUUGGGGACCCAGCCUGCUUUAACCUUCUCUCGACACUGGAUGGCGCCCUGCAAGCUUUUAGAGCAGGAGGAGCGCUAGGCUAAUGCUUCCUGCAUUAAGGGUCUGUCUGAGCCGAGCUGGAGGGGGGCAGUGAAUGAUUGACCAGAUACAGUCUUCUGAGAAUAAUGUCUGAAAAAGCUGCUCCCCCGGUUGUUCCGGAUCACAGUUCAUGGGACAAAAUCUCACUCCAUGUGGGAGCAGAUGCAGACGCGGAGCUUGUGGCGGGGCCUGGUGUGGAGAGAAUAUAUAUGGAUUACAAUGCCACAACACCUGUGGAACCUGAGGUGAUCAGUGCCAUCACAGAGGCUUUACGUGAUGCUUGGGGGAACCCUAGCAGCACAUAUCUGCCAGGUUUGAAAGCCAAAGACAUCAUUAACCAGGCCAGAGACAGCAUAGCUAGAAUGAUUGGCGGAAAGGCAUCAGAUAUCAUAUUUACCUCUGGUGGCACUGAGGCUAAUAAUAUGGUGUUCCAUUCAGCGCUGGAACACUUCUGGAAGACCAGAGCAUCGGCUGAGGGAGGCUGGGAGGAGAACCACCAGCUGAAUGGCAAGAAGGUCCUCCCUCACAUAAUCACCUCCAAUGUGGAGCAUGACUCUAUCAGACUCACAGCUGAACACUUGUUAAAAGUAGGCAAAGCAGAUGUCACUUUCCUGCCCGUUUCGAAGGUGACAGGCCGGGUGGAGGUGGAGGAUGUUAUGGCAGCAAUGCGUCCCAACACCUGCCUGGUGACAGUCAUGCUGGCCAACAAUGAGACAGGUGUCAUUAUGCCAAUUAAGGAAAUUUGUCAGAAGGUGAGGUCAGCAAAGAGGUCAUCUUCUUCUCCAAGAGUUCUGCUGCACACUGAUGCUGCGCAAGCCAUUGGGAAGAUAAAGGUGGAUGCACAAGAGCUGGGGGUGGACUACAUGACAAUAGUUGGACAUAAGUUUUAUGCUCCUCGAAUUGGUGCCUUGUAUGCGAAUGGUCCUGGAGCGAUGACCCCCGUUUACCCUUUGCUCUUUGGUGGAGGACAAGAGCGUAACUUCAGACCAGGGACAGAGAACACAGCGAUGAUUGCUGGUCUGGGGAAGGCUGCAGAGUUGGUGACUGCAAACCUGGCAGAGUAUGAGGCCCAUCUUCUGGACACUAGACUUUACCUGGAACAGAAGCUACUGGCCACAUUUGGAAAAGAGAAAGUUAGAUUCAACAGCCAUUUUCCUGGCACAGAAACACUGACCAACACAUGUAAUGUGUCAAUUUUGGGUCAAGGACUGCAAGGUCACAGAGUGCUGUCCACCUGCAGGAGGUUACUGGCCAGUGUUGGCGCUGCCUGCCACUCAGACCGAGGAGAUCAACCUUCACAUAUUCUGCUGAACUGUGGGAUCCCUUACCAUGUGGCAAUAAAUGCUCUGCGGAUCAGUGUGGGCAAAGGGACGUCUCGACAAGAUGUGGACGCUGUAGUGGAGGACCUGCGAGACACUGUGGAACGACUGGAGCAGAUGAACUAGUGCCUCGUUUCUGUAGCAACCCCUUGUGGAAGCUACUGCGCAACUGUAAAUGGAAUCUGUAUGCAUUUGCUUGC